AUGAACGGUUUAGGCGUGGGCGGAUCACAGAGCCCAGACCUGGUCAACACAGCCAACGCGUUACUAUACGCCUUCAUGACGUUGACCUGUUUCGCGGCGGGGUUAUAUUUGAACAAUCGCACUGGCGCAACAUGGCUUGUGUAUCUCGGUUGUGUCACUUGCGGCAUCAGUGCUGGUUUCUUUUGGAGUGUUGAGGGUGCCAUCGCCACAGGAUACCCCGAGCAACACAAGCGUGGUCGCUAUAUUGCAACCUGGUUCACGUUCCGCAAUUUCGGCAACAUCAUUGGUGGUGCUGUCUCUUUGGGCAUAAACCACAGGGUCAAUCAGCGCGGCCAGGUCGGGCACCAAACUUACCUUGCCUUUAUUGCCAUCCAGUGUCUUGGACUUGCCAUUGGCCCUCUAUUGUCAAACCCAGAGAAAGUGCAAAGAGAUGAUGGAACCCGCAUUGAGGCCCCCCGCGGCAUCCACUGGCGUGAAGAGCUCCGCACGAUGUGGCGGCUGGUAAGGAGUAGGUCGAUCUUGCUUCUUGUCCCGCUGUUCUGGUACUUCGGGUGGAUCCAGGCAUACCCUGGCACAUAUCUUGCGACUUAUUUCACCGUUCGUGCGCGUGCACUCGGAAGCUUUAUGUCGGCGGUUGUUGGAACGCUGGCAACUUGGGUGGGUGGGUCGUUAGUAGAUCUGCCUUGGUUGAAAGAUCGGAAGCAUCGAGCAAUUGUCACAUUCAUCGUAAUUGCACUUUUGAACAGCGCGACCUGGAUCUGGGCGGUCAUUAUUCAAAACGAAUACCGACACACCAACCCUGUGUUGGACUGGGGAGACCAGCGCUCCUUCGGUCGUGGGUUUGGCCUGUAUCUCUUUGAGCGCAUUAGUCUGGGCUUAGUCGAGAAUUAUAUCUACUGGUGUAUAGGGAAUUUGUCAGACUCACCAGGCGAUCAAAUUCGAUACAGUUCAUUGCUUCGGGGAAUUGAAACCGCCGCAGUUGCAGUUGGAUUUGGCGUUCAAGCUGUACCGACAGCUUUGAUCGCGACAGCGAGCAUCAAUCUUAGUCUGUGGUUCAUCGCCUUACCUUUCAGUUAUUAUGCCACCCUCCAGGUGGUUCGAAAGUUUGAAUUGUUGGAGAAAGGAAGGCAUGAUCCGGGUGGAAGUGACAGAGUGGCUGAACAGGACGUGGCUGGACGAUGA